AGGUCGACAUCUUUCUCCCAUCCAAACCAGCUUGCCGUCGCGAUCAAGCCAUCAAGAUGCCGAGCCACAAGACCUUCCGCACCAAGCAAAAGCUUGCUAAGGCUCAGCGCCAGAACCGUCCCAUCCCCCAGUGGAUUCGCCUGCGCACUGGCAACACCAUCCGCUACAACGCCAAGAGACGUCACUGGCGCAAGACCCGCCUGGGUAUCUAG